GGUGACCCGUCAGUUACAACUUAAAACCCUAAUUUAGUUUCUUAGUCCCAAAUUUUAAAAUUCACCAUUGUUUCUUCUGCUUUUGAACGCCAUGAGUGUGAGGAUCAAAGAUUACCAGUUACCUUACAACAGUCACAAACUCUACGAUGUAUUUUUGAACGAAACCGAAAUCGAAACCCUAGUUACCCGUGAUCCGGCCAUGAUCUGUUCAUGGAUCGACAGCACCGAAUCCUCUAACCAAUCCCGUCUCCACCGCUUAAUCGUCGGAAUCGACAUUGAAUGGCGCCCUAAUUUCAACCCGGGUGCGGGUCAAAACCCGGUCGCAACACUCCAACUCUGCGUCGGAAAAUCCUGUUUGAUUUACCAAAUCAUUCACGCCCCCAAUAUCCCCCGGAAACUCCGUAACUUCCUGAAUAACGACGAUUACAGAUUUGUUGGAGUUGGGAUUGAGAAUGAUGUGAAGAAAUUGUUGAAUGAUUGGGGAAUUGGAGUGUCGAAUACGGUUGAUUUGAGGGAGUGGGCGAUGGAGGAACUUGAGAAUGACAAUCUUCGGAGUUAUGGGCUUAAGGGCUUAGUGAAGGAAAUUCUUGGAAUUGAGAUUUACAAGCCGAAGAGGGUGACGAUGAGUGAUUGGGAUGAUCGUUGGCUUAGUAUUGAUCAAGUAUGUUAUGCUUGCCUUGAUGCUUAUCUUUCUUUUGAAGUUGGGAGGAUCUUAAGUUCUUGGUAUAAUUAGACUAUAUUUUGUUUGUGUGUUAGUAGUAUAUAAUGUUGAUAUGAUUCGUAGA